GUUCCAUUCGACCAUCUCUGCCUAUAUAGCACACAUCGGGAAACUUUUCGUCGUCAAGUGUCCGAGCAAAAUUAUUCUUUAGUCGUUUUGGAAGUGUUUUGAAGUCCACUCAACCGGUUCUCCCAGCUCUGAGCAAACAAAAUUAUUUCCUUUGACAAUUGCCCAGACUUUCGUUGGUUCCAGAACCGUUUUGAUUCACAUUUGGCUGAGGGUUUCUGGAAGUUAUCGUACCAUUCGAAGCCAUGUCCGGUGAUUGCAACACAUAUUGCCCCAGUGGCUGCGAUCCUUGCCAGGCUCCCACGGACUUCUCGCCAUGUCCGCCGGGUUCGACGUGUCCGCCGUGUGAUUGCGGCGACUACGCAGGAUGUUGCUACCAGCAGCCGCCUCGCACCAUGCCCAUCCUGCCUAAGUCGCACUUCAUGCGAUCCACAGCGCCGCUGGACACGGACACCAUUUAUCGGCGCUCGUUCUACGCCAAUUGUGGCGACAAUCUGAGGGCUCGUCCGGUGAUGCCCUGCUCCCAGAUCCGGGCCUCUACGGCGCCGUUGGAAAAGUGCACUAUUCAGAAGCUGUCCUACAUGCCGCCGUGUCCGGUGAAGCGGACGCCACCCAUUAUCCCCAUGGAGAGCGGUCUGCGCUUUGAGGGUCCCAUCUACGCGAUGACCUCGCAGAAGCACGACUACGUGCCCAAGGGUAUCGUGAAGCGGGAUCCCAUUGUGCCGCGGGUGGCUAUCUGCACGUCGAAUGCGCCCAUGGAGCGCUGCACCAUCCAGAAGCUAAGCUACAUGCCCAUCGACGUGUGCCAGAAUCCGCCGCCAAAGGCCAUGAUCCAGGGCUCGCACUACUGUAAGCCGGCCGGUCCGAUGGAGCGCUGCACCAUCCAGAAGCUGUCCUACAUGCCCGUCUGCCUGCCGGCCAAGGAACCCACGCCCUGGGCCGACAAGAUCCGCUGUGUGCCGCCACGUUACUCAAACGUUUGCACCACCUACAACCUAAGUUACAUGCCCAACUGCAACGAGGCGCGAACGGCUCCAGUGACACCACUGACCACUUUGCGCUUCUGUGGCAAUGAUUCCGGAGCCGGGAGUACGGUCUACAAGCUUAGCUACAUGCCAGUGGAUGCCUCCAGGACCAAGCCGGCUCCUGUCCUGCCCAGGGACACUUUUUGCAGGCCCAGUGGACCGCUCGAGAGGUGCACCAUUCAAAAGCUGUCUUAUCAGCCCAACUGCACGGAGCGCACUCCGCCCAUCCGACCGAUGGAAAAUGGACUGCGAUUUGAUGGGCCCAUGUAUGCGAUGACCACCCAAAAGCACGACUUUGUGGCCAAGCCUCAUGUAAGGCGGGCACCCAUUAUGCCAAGAACCGCCUUCUGCCGUCCCACUGGUGCCAUGGAGCGCUGCACGGUGAACAAGCUGUCCUACAUGCCUGUGGACGUCACUUGCUUCCCUCGCGCCGAGUCUGUUCGUCCGCGACAGGGCUUCUGCCGCAACGAGGGUCCCAUGGAGAAGUGCACCACGUACAAGCUCAGCUACUUGCCAAAUUGUGUUCCGCCCAAGGAGCCGCUGCCCUGGGCCAGGUACACAUCCUACUGUCGUCCAACCGGUCCCAUCGAGAAGUGUACUAUCCAGAAACUCAGCUACGGCCCGCCGGGUGCUUUUCAGCGUUGUGGUGGUCCUUGUGGAACUGGCGGUGGCGAUGGUACCUUCCCCAAGGCCGGAAUUUGUUAACCUGGAAAUACAUUUUGAUUGCUCUUCAA